AUGUCAAAAGAUAAAAAACAAGUGGAUCCAUUUAAAUCAUUUAUAGCUGGUGGAACUGCAGGAGCAGUUGAAGGAGUAAUAACAUAUCCAUUUGAAUUUGCCAAAACUCGAUUACAAUUAAUUUCUAAAUCAUCAACAGCAUCAAGAAAUCCAUUAGUUUUAAUUUAUAAUGUUGGUAAAACUCAAGGGAUUUCUUCAUUAUACGUUGGAUGUCCAGCAUUUGUUGUUGGUAAUACUCUUAAAGCAUCAAUUAGAUUUCUUGGAUUUGAUCUGAUUAAAAAUUUAUUACUGGAUAAAAAUGGUAAAUUAUCUGGUCCUCGUGGUGUUAUUGCUGGAUUAGGUGCGGGAUUAUUAGAAUCGGUAGUGGCGGUAACACCAUUUGAAGCAAUAAAAACUGCAUUAAUCGAUGAUAAACAACUGAUUAAACCAAAAUAUCAAAAUGGAGUAAUAUCAGGUUCAUUCAAAUUAGUUCGUGAUAUGGGGUUCAAGGGGAUUUAUGCUGGAGUUGUCCCCGUUUCUUUAAGACAAGCAGCUAAUCAAGCAGUUCGUUUAGGAAGUUAUAAUGCUAUGAAAACAAUGAUUCAACAAGCAUCAGGUCAAAAACCAAAUGAACCAUUAAGUGGAGUCACUACAUUUUCUGUGGGGGCUUUAGCAGGAAUUAUCACCGUUUAUACCACUAUGCCUAUUGAUACUGUGAAAACUAGAAUGCAAGCUUUAGGUGCUGAUAAAUUAUAUUCUUCAACAUUGAAUUGUUUUGUUAAAAUUUUUAAAGAAGAAGGAUUAUUGACAUUUUGGAAAGGUGCUACACCAAGAUUAGGAAGAUUGGUACUAUCUGGAGGUAUUGUAUUUUUGUGUUAUGAAAAAAUCAUGAUAUUACUUAACUAG